AUGGAAGGAAAGAAUCAAACAGCUCUAUCUGAAUUCAUCAUCUUGGGAUUCGCCAACCUAAAUGAUUUUCAAGUUCUACUCUUCACAGUAUUCCUUAUGACCUAUAUCUGUACUCUGGGAGGAAAUCUCUUCAUUAUCUUGGUGACCAUGGCUGAUCCCCAUCUACAUACUCCCAUGUACCAUUUUCUGAGGAAUUUGGCCUUUCUUGACAUCUGCUACACCACCACCAACGUCCCCCAGAUGAUGGCGCAUCUCCUGUCAGAGAAGAAGAGCAUUUCCUAUGACGGAUGUGUGGCUCAACUCUUUGCAUUCAUUUUCUUUGUAGGAUCAGAGUGUCUCCUCCUGGCAGCCAUGGCAUAUGACCGUUACAUUGCAAUCUGCAAACCCCUCAGGUACUCAGUGAUUAUGAACAGGGCCCUGUAUGGCCGGUUAGCUGCCUCGUGCUGGACUGGGGGUUUCCUCAACUCAGUGGUGCACACAGCACUGACCUUCCGCCUGCCCUUCUGUGGCAACAACCAGAUUCAGUAUUUCUUCUGUGACAUUCCCCCUUUGCUGCUGUUGUCUUGUGGGGACACUUCGGUCAAUGAGUUGGCAUUGCUCUCCAUUGGGGUCUUCAUUGGGUGGGCUCCUUUCUUGGGCAUCGUCGUUUCCUACCUGUCUAUUAUCUCUACCAUCUUGAGAAUCCGGUCCUCAGAGGGGAGGCAAAAGACCUUUUCGACCUGUGCCUCACACCUGGUCAUUGUCCUUCUCUACUAUGGCAGCGCCAUCUUCACGUACAUGCGGCCCAUCUCAUCUUACUCACUGGAGAAAUACAGACUAAUCUCUGUAUUGUACAGUGUUGUUACCCCCAUGCUAAACCCUGUAAUUUACACACUGAGGAAUAAGGACAUCAAAGGGGCUGUGAAGGCCAUGGGGAGAAGGUGGCAGCCACCAAUUCCCUCUUUUGAUAUGUAA